CUUGUGAGUCAUUGUGAACUGUCACAGCAGGCUAACUGUCGAGCAACCUGGACCUCUGGAUUCCCAUUACUCUCACUGUCUUUCUGUCUCAGGAUGCCUUUCCUCCAGGGUGUCCUCUCUCACGUCCUCAGCUGGACAGGCCUCUGUCAGGUCCUGUUUGUGGUCUGGACAUUACUGGGAGCUGUGGUUCUAGUCUGGACGACGAAGCUGCUGGUGCGACACGUGUGGUACACACACAGGCUGUCCUGCUUCAGCAAACCACAUGCAAACUCCUGGCUUUUAGGCCACCUGGGCCAGAUGCAGAGCACAGAAGAAGGCCUCCAGCAUGUGGAUGAGUUGGUGCAGACGUACAAGCACUCUUGCAGCUGGUUCCUCGGCCCUUUCUACCACCUGGUCAGACUCUUUCACCCGGACUACGUCAAACCUCUGCUAAUGGCACCUGCCAGCAUUACAGUAAAAGAUGAGCUCAUCUAUGGCCAUCUACGUCCAUGGCUUGGACAGAGUCUGUUGCUAAGCAAUGGGGAGGAGUGGUCUCGCAAGAGACGGCUGCUGACUCCAGCUUUUCAUUUUGAUAUUCUGAGGAACUACGUUGCCAUAUUUAACACCUCAACUAACACCAUGCAUGACAAGUGGCGGCACCAUUUGGCAGUAGGCACCACUAAUCUAGAGAUGUUUGACCACGUCACUCUGAUGACACUGGACAGUUUACUGAAAUGUGCCUUUAGCUACAACAGCAACUGCCAGCAGUCCACCAGUGAGUAUGUGUCAGCCAUAGUGGAGCUGAGUGACCUGAUAAUAGAUCGCCGCCAAAAGAUUUUACACCACUGGGACUGGAUUUACUGGAAAACAAAGCAGGGGAAACGAUUCAAAAAGGCCUUAAGCAUUGUGCACAGGUUUACCAGAGAGGUGGUUCAGAAGCGCCGUGCCCUAAUCAGCCAACAGAGGGAGACAGAAACCACAGCACCACAGAAAAAGAAAGACUUUGUGGACAUUAUACUGCUGUCAAGGGAUGAGGAUGGACAAGGCCUAACAGAUGAGGAGAUACAGGCUGAGGCCAACACCUUCAUGUUCGCAGGUCAUGACACAACAGCCAGUGCGAUCUGCUGGACGCUGUAUAAUUUAGCACGCCACGACCACUAUCAGGAGAAAUGCAGACAGGAAGUGAUGGAGCUGAUGGAAGGACGAGACAGACAUGAAAUAGAGUGGGAGGAUUUGUCUAACCUUCCCUUCACCACCAUGUGCAUCAGAGAGUCUCUCAGGCUGCACUCUCCUGUGCAGGCUGUAACAAGGAAGUACACCCAGGACAUGACACUGCCAGGGGAUUGCACAGUGCCAAAAGGUGCCAUCUGUUUGGUCAGCAUUUAUGGAACACACCACAACCCAACUGUUUGGACAAACCCACAUGAGUUUCACCCUCUGCGUUUUGACCCUACAAACAAAGAGGGGCUGGCUUCUCAUGCCUUCAUCCCCUUUUCCUCAGGCCCCAGGAACUGCAUUGGUCAGAAGUUUGCCCUGGCAGAGCUUCGAGUCGUGGUGGCAUUGACCCUGCUCAGGUUUCGUCUGACCCCGGGGGUGAACCCCGAACUCGGGCCCAGCUCUGGGGAAGUUCGCCGUCUCCCCCAGCUCGUCCUACGUGCGGAGGGAGGCAUGUGGCUGCAGGUGGAGCCUCUGACCCCGGGCAACAUGGAGGAGUGGCAGGAUGAAUGAUUGAUUUAUGUUUACUGUAUUGUUUCUAAAUGCAUUUGUUUUCUACAAAGCAAUUUGUAGAACAUGAUUCUUUUAUUAUCACAUUAAAAUUAUUGACU